UGGGUGGCACGGGCUUCAAUUUAUAUCCGAACUAACAGAUAAAAAGUAUUUAAAGUAGUCUCGAUAGCAAGGUGAUUAGUAUUUCGGGCGGCGAUGGUGGGAGUUGUGCGCGCAGUCUCUUGCCGCCAGCCGUCCCGUGCGCCCGCGCCGUCGAGCGCACAUACGCGCCAAAUUCAAACCCAAGGACCAACGAACUUUACCCCCCCAAAAACACCCUCUAGUGUGCUUCUAUGCCCCCAAAAGUGAUCCAAUCAGUGUUGUGUGCCAAUAUAGUGUUGACAAAAUCCCUCUAGUCGCGUCUACGGGAGCGACUUUCACUUACAACAAAACAGUUUUUGCAAGCGCCUAAUCCCAUUUGAGACGGCAGUGGGUGGCGAGAUGGUGUCUCGACGUCGAAUACUUUCGCGUUCCCGCGACGACCUUACACAGGCGUUCGCAGCGCCCGUAGAAGAAGAGGAGGAUGUAUGGUAUCAAAAGGAUAAACUUUAUAAGGAACACAUACAGGAAGUAUUGGAUAAAUGGACACAAAUAGAUGACGAGAUAUGGGCGAAGGUGAUAGUGUUCGAGAGGAACAGACGCGUUGCCAAAGCGUAUGCGCGUGCGCCCGUGCUCACUAUCAACGGCUCGGACGACGGAUUUGACGGCAUGAGAAUCGGUCUUUGCGGAUUUGAUAACCCACACAGAGAUCAGAAAACAGAAGAAGUUAGAAGACACAUAGGACAGGGUGUCAAAAUAAAAAUGGACGACGCCGGUAACAUACUCAUCAGACGCUAUUCCAAGAGUAGUGUGUUUGUGAAGAGUACGGCAGCCAACAGCAACGAAGAGACGGCUAUUGGACAAGAUAUAGUCAAGCUACCUGGAUAUGCAUUGGAACAAGAGAAAAUAUUUAAGUUAUUUGAUAUGAAGAAGUUUCAAUCAAACGUGAACCGUGAGCUGCGCCGUUCGUAUCCUGAUCGCAGACGACUGGAGACACAGUGCCUCAGUGCUAUCGCCUUCGUCAAGUCGGAUUCAGAUCUUCUCGACUGCCCCAUUUGGGUGCUCAUCAUCAACGUCGUUGCUAUGGAUAUGCUCAAGUCUAAGCUGCCACCGGUUCAAAGACUGAUGGACAUCAAGAACCGACCUCGCAUCCCAAUCCCAGAUGAAGACCCAUACAGCAUCGCCAGCUCCAACGCCAAUGGAUCAGGAUCCAGUGGUAGUUCCGGAGGUUAUGGACACAAUGGACAUAAUGGACACAAUAACAAUGGACACGGAGUCGUCGCUGCCACAAGAGAACAGCUCAUGAUGCAAAUGGGACAGAGGAGAGGUGAAAAGCCUCCGAAACUACCGCCCAGGGAGAAUGGGUACGGUCCAGCUGACAUUCCCAAGGUACGUGGAUACAAACCUGAUUACGAUGACAUUGAAGGACAUGACGGACGCGUGCCAACACAGUUCCCAAGAGGCAAAUCAGAUAAAGGCAAAGACAAUAAGAAAUACGACGAUCCUUACUACUGCGGUCUGCGGGCGCGUGUGCCUAACUUCGUGAAGACCAACGGCGCUAAAGUUCUACCAUCCAUGACUGAACGUCUGACUUUGAAGGAAGCUCCGGUGCCCAGCAAGCGUUACAGCGUGGCCCACGCCCACCCUGGACCAUUCCCGCCCCACAUGGCUCCGUUUGCACACGCUCCAAUGCCACCACAGGCUUUGUGGCACGCUCGUUCUUACGAGAGCGGAAUCGGUGCGUACGAACGUCUUCCCAGAAAAGAGAAGCUCAUGUUCCAAUUCUAUCCGAACAGGGAACAGAAACGGCUGCGACCCCUCGUGAUCCAGCAGCCGCGCUAGUGUAUAUACAGACUAACCCCGCACUUUAAUUCCACCGCCUCAACGCGGACUCUUCGCUCCAAUCUUGACGGAGAACAGCAUUAUGAUCCCUAUGCGCUGUACGGUCGCCUGCCCAUGCCUGGACGCGGCUUCCCCCCACCACCCGCCCCCCACGCGCGUCACAUGUUCAUUGGAGAGUGGGACUAGAGUGCGAAUCACUUGACACCUGGCAACUAAACUUAGAAUACUGUGUAGAACAAGGAUACUGUCAAAUCGACAUCAACAACACAUUUUGUGAAUG